GAAGAAGACAGCUUGGAAUGCAGUUCAAUGCAAGGUUGCAGACUGCCAGAAAAGUUCUCAUCUUCCGACAGUGACACUGAAAGCGCAGAACACCAAGGACAUCUCGUUUAAGAAUCUGCGCCAAGGGGUACCCUGAGCGAGUUUCUGAUCACUAGAAAUGGCGUCGGCGGUAUGCAUACAACAGUUUUCGCAGAUCUGCUCGCUUUCUGCUGGGCAAGCACAUGGGCAAAGGGGCUCUGCAAGCAGUACCUGCGCCCCCGCACAUUGCAGCGGUAGCUUUCUUAGAAAAGAAGGGUUGACGCUCCCACUCCCUGGGCGCCUGACAACAGCGGCUCCCCACGUCGCUUCCUCCAGGUCUUCUAGAUUAGUGGCGAGGGCAGUGUCAAAAGCACCACCAGGGGUGGAGCCCCCACGACAGGAGCCGAAGCUGCCGCAGAACUUGGUCGGUUUCACAGAAAACGCUGAGGUCUGGAACAGCCGGGCGGGCAUGAUUGGGAUCUUUGGCAUCGCGUUUGUAGAGCUGAUUGCUAACAGGGGAAUCCUCGAGAUGGUAGGUAUCACUGUUGGGAAGGGUCUCGAUUUACCACUCUAAGGAUAGGAUCCCCUGGUCCUGCCUCGUGUUGUUUCGGCGAGGUGCUUCUGAAAGUUGUUUUGCUAGUCUAGCAAAGGUAGAAAUCAGUGAUGGACAAACAAUCACAAUCGGAUUUCGUAGCCAUCGGCUGCUUCUGACUCUGUGGCUUGUAGAGGGAAUGCUCGAAUGCGGACAUUGCCUGUCUUGGAGGGAUACCUCGAAGUGUAUGGUAUUCAAAAUUGAUGAGACAAGGCCUUUGCUGAAUUUACCGGGACGAGACAGCCUCAGAUAAAGCAGCCUGCAUUAGCUGAGCCAGUAUCGCAAUGUCUGAAACAAGUGGUCAGGACUUACGGCGGUACAUACGCAGAAGUCGCAUUCAAGGGUCGGGUCCGCCCGCUUCCUGCCAGUGCUGCAAGUGGAAACGCGGCCCAAUCGCACGUACCUAGAACUAUAUUAUUCGGGGACUGUGUGCAAGUCAUCUAAUCGCGUGACUCAUAGCCAGGCC